GACUUUAACUUGACCAUGUCCUCAGACGAAGUCCUAUCACAUUUUGGAGUACUCGACGACUUGAUACAGGUCAUCUACCAAGGAUUUGACCGUUUUGUUAUUCUAUCCAAAGUAGAUGAUUCCAACUGGACGACGUAUGUGGGCCUUAAAGGUUCAGGAUCGUGGUGGCGAGGAUCGUGGUCCGCAAAGGAUAUCUUGCAUAUUGCCGGAUCCGGUUCGACUCUCAUUGUAUUAGAAGCCUUCGCGGAUAAACUUGCACAAGCGUUCAUUCAGGGCGACCUGAGUAUUGGGAACUGGGCUUCCAACAAAGUUACAAAUUUAAACCUCAUAUUCGGGGCUAAAUCCAAGACACCUCUCCAAGUUCCUCUCGUCGAGCUAAAACCACAAGAGGUGGCAGUCUUUGCCAGCACCAUCUUCAUUGAAAUUGCCCUCGAAGCACAAUCGCGAAAGUGUCGUUUAAAUCCUUCUCCAUUUGCAUCUGUAUCCGCAGUUUCAGAAGCAUCUCACACGGCUACUGCAGCACCUGUGAGCAUGAGUAGAUCACGAGUCGCUGCGGCCUCGUCACCCGAUCUGGAAUCACAACGGAGAAUUAAAACAUUAGAAACCGAGCUGGCCCUCAGUAAAGAAAAGAAGGGCAAGUCUCCCCCCAACGAAUCCGGUUCGAAACCCUCUACCACAGCUGUUCGGCCUCCGAAAGGUGCAUCACUUGCAAACCCAAACAAGAAAGCACGCAAGUACCAAGCCCUCGAAUUUGAGAGCGACGAAGAAUAAAGUUACAUGUUGACUUGAUAAUAGUAACAAUGCUCUUCUCGAGGUCGAUUAAUGACUGUCAUGUCGGUUGGAUCCGAUGUUUAUCUCUAGAUCCUCCCGAGUUGUCUCCAAGGUAGUAGUGUAAUUUCGGCUGGAUUUCGCGUCCAUAAAAACAUGGAGCGUAACACAUAUGGCUUAUUCGUAUAGAUAGCU